ACACAAUAUUUAAAAACCAGCUCCUCCCUCGCCAGGGACCGAUCAUCUCGAAAACUAAAGCAAAUACGAUGCGUCGGCCCGCAAACAAUGUGGUUUCGGGUUGAUCCGAGUCUUUUGGCUGUGUGUCAGGCUGUCUGCCUACUGUAUUGUACUGUGAGAAGGCAGGCAGAUAGGGGGCACCUCACCAAAAUCUCCCGCUCAACUGCACAUUCAACCCCCCCACCAAUUUACCGUCUAACUUCAACGCGUUUUAAAACCAACCAUAGGAUUUAAACAUCUGAUUGCUUUAUUUAUUGUAUUUUCGGUUAGUUUAUGGUUUGUGUUUUUACACUCCGGGAGGGCAGAAAUGGCCGCCAACAUGUACCGGGUCGGAGACUAUGUAUUCUUUGAGAAUUCCUCCAGCAACCCUUACCUGAUCCGCCGGAUAGAAGAACUCAACAAGACGGCCAGUGGCAAUGUGGAGGCCAAGGUGGUGUGUUUCUACAGGAGGAGAGACAUCUCACACAGCCUCAUACAGUUGGCUGACAAACAUGCAAAGGACUUAGAAGAGGAGAAAGAGGAGGAGAAAGAGGAGGAGAAAGAGGGUCCGUUGGAGGCGGAGCUGACAGACAAACAGAAACAUCAGUUACGCCACAGAGAACUGUUCCUCUCCCGUCAGUAUGAGAGUCUACCAGCCACACACAUCAGGGGGAAGUGUAGUGUGGCGUUAUUGAAUGAGACUGAAGCUGUCCUCUCCUACCUGGACAAAGAGGAUACGUUCUUCUACUCGCUGGUCUACGACCCUACCCAGAAGACACUUUUGGCUGAUAAAGGAGAGAUCAGAGUGGGACCACGCUUUCAGGCCGAUGUACCUGACAUGCUACAGGAGGGGGAAUCAGAUGAGUGGGACCAGUCAAAGUUAGAGGAGAAGCUGUGGGAUCCUGACUGUCCUCUCUCCAGCAAACAGAUUGACCAGUUCCUGGUGGUCGCACGGGCGGUGGGGACGUUUGCCAGAGCGCUGGACUGUAGCAGCUCGGUCAGACAGCCCAGUCUACAUACGAGUGCAGCUGCCGCCUCCCGAGACAUCACAUUGUUCCAUGCGAUGGACACGCUGCAUCGUCAUGGUUACGACCUGUCCAGUGCGUUGAGUGUGUUGGUGCCGUCCGGUGGGCCGGUGCUGUGUCGGGACGAGAUGGAGGAGUGGAGCGCCUCGGAGGCAGCCAUGUUUGAGGAGGCUCUGGAGAAAUACGGAAAGGACUUCAACGACAUAAGACAAGACUUUCUACCGUGGAAGUCUUUGACCAGUAUAAUAGAGUAUUAUUACAUGUGGAAGACAACAGACAGAUACGUACAGCAGAAGAGACUGAAGGCAGCAGAGGCAGAAAGCAAACUGAAGCAGGUUUACAUCCCCACAUACAAUAAGCCCAACCCUAACCAGAUCUCAGUGACCAAUGGGAAGAUGGCGACGGUGAAUGGGGCGGGGCUUGGAGCCUACCAUGCAGCGGGGGGAGGACGGGCCUGCGAGAGCUGCUACUCAAUGCAAUCAGCCCAGUGGUACUCGUGGGGGCCGCCCAACAUGCAAUGUCGCCUGUGUGUGUCGUGCUGGAUGUACUGGAAGAAGUACGGUGGCCUUAAGAUGCCAAGCAGAGCGGAGGCGCCCGAGGAGAAAACCCCACCCAGUCCUGUGCCCAACGAGCCUCGGUCGCGCGGCCACGGCCCCCGACAGUCCAGUCACAUGGUGCCGGUGCGUAACAGCGGCAGCCCCAAGUCCUCCACGAAGACCAAGCAGGCCUUCCUGCUGCAGGCCACCCGCCUCACCAAGCUGGCACGCCACAUGUGCCGCGACAUCAUCAGACUGCGACGCGCUGCGCGGCGCCCCUUUGUGCCCAUUAACUGUGGCGCCAUAAAGGCAGAGUAUAUGUUGCGGGUGUCGGAGGGGCAAGUCGGGCGACCACCUAGAAUCCGGACUGCCCAGAGGAGCACCCUGACCAGCGUCUUGCAGUUUCUGGAGUCCCGCCCCGCGAUACACGCCCCCCGUUCUCACCGAACCCUCGGCUUGCAAGCCCCUCCCCCACGUCGCCUCCUCUCUUCUCUCCCUUACGGUCCCCAUGGCCUUCUGGGUAAACGCAGCUUCCACCACCACACCAGAGCCGAGCCGGAGAAACGCCCAGGUACACACACACUUACCCGAACACAAACAAUCACACACACUCCUAUUCAUCUCUAUCGUGUCGUCUCCUCUCACAACGGCCGUAGCAGUGGUGGCGGAGGGACCAGGGGCAGUGCUAGGGGCGGAGUCAUGAUUAGGAAGCGACGGCCAAACUUGAUCGAUGCCCCUGACGACAGCUUUUUCGUCGUCUCCCGGGAGACCAGGAGGGUCAGGCGGCUGCUGUCACGGUCCCAGCUGAGGCGCGCCUGUCGGCAGCCCUGUGAGCAGAUCACCCUGCGCAAGGCCUCCCAGGCACUAUCGCAGGGGCCGCUCCUCGCCCCUCCACACCCCCACCCCAGCCUCAGGAUGAGGGGACCCAUCGUUAUCCACGACUGACUACUGACCUCUGACCCUAUCUCUCUGCCAUGUUUGUCACCUGCCUAUGCUCUACAUGCAAGACCCCAACCCUAGUUUCACCUGGCCCCCGACCCCCGCCCUCCCUAUCGCUCACUUAAAAAAAAUAUUGUGAAUCUCCCCACCCUACGGAGUCUGACCCUUCACCUCGGGAGGAAGUGAUGUGCUGUGUUGCCGUGGGGACAGACAGAAUGUGGUUCCCACCUGUACAGAUUCUACUUCCCUGGGACAGAAACCAGUGUGUGCGUGUGGGAAUUUAUGUGUUUAAGCACGAGUGUGCACGCGCAAGAGUAUGAGCGUGUGCACGAGUGUGUGAACUUGAUGUUUUUUCUUCUUCUGUACCUGCUACAUGCCAGUGAGUGGGGGUUGUGAGCUAUAUAUAUAUAUAUACAGUAUAUAUAUAUACAGUGCAUUCGGAAAGUAUUCAGACCCCUCGAGUUUUUCCACAUUUUGUUACGUUACAGCCUUAUUCUAAAAUAGAUGAAAUAAAUAAAAAUACUCAUCAAUCUACACACAAUACCCCAUAACCAUUUUUUUUUUAUGUGUACAUUUAUUACAAAUAAAAACAGAACUAUCUUAUUUACAGAAAUACUCAGACCCUUUGCUAUGAGAAUCGAAAUUGAGCUCAGGUGCAUCCUGUUUCCACUGAAACAUCCUUGAGAUGUUUCUACAACUUGACUGGAGUCCACCUGUGGUAAAUUCAAUUGAUUGGACAUGAUUUGGAAAGGCACACACCUGUCUAUAUAAGGUCCCACAGUUGACAGUGCAUGUCAGAGCAAAAACUAAGCCAUGAGGUCAAAGGAAUUGUCCGUAGAGCUCAGAGGCAAGAUUGUGUCGAGGCACAGAACUUGGGAAGGGUGAAAAAACAUUUCUGCAGCACUGAAUGUCCCCAAGAACACAGUGGUCUCCAUCAUUCUGAAAUGGAAGAAGUUUGGAACCACCAAGACUCUACCUAGAGCUGGCUGCACUGCCAAACUGAGCAAUCGGGGUAGAAGGGCCUUGGUCAGGGAGGUGACCAAGAACCCGAUGGUCACUCUGACAGAGCUCCAGAGUUCCUCCGUGGAGAUGGGACAACCUUCCAGAAGGACAACCAUCUCUGCAGCACUCUACCAAUCAGGCCUUUAUUCACAAAUUUGUAUAAGCCAUUUCUCAGUAAACGGCACAUGACAGCCCGCUCGGAGUUUGCCAAAGGGCAUCUAAAGGACUCUCAGACCAUGACAAACCAGAUUCUCUGGUCUGGUUAAACUAUGAUUGAACUCUUUGGCCUGAAUUCCAAUUCUUCAUGUCUGGAAGAAACCUGGCACCAUCCCUAUGGUGAAGCAUGGUGGUGGCAGGAUCAUGCUGUGGGGAUAUUUUUCAGCAGCAGGGACUGGGAGACUAGUCAGGAUCAAGGGAACGAUGAACAGAGCAAAGUACAGAGAGAUCAUUGCUUAUAACCUGCUCCAGAGCGCUCAGGACUUCAGACUGGCGCGGAGGUUCACCUUCCAACAGGACAAUGACCCUAAGCACAUAGCCAAGGCAACACAGUAGUGGCUUCGGGACAAGUCUGAAUAUCCUUGAGUGUCCCAGACUUGAACCCGAUUGAACAUCUCUUGAGAGACCUGAAAAUAGCUUUGCAGCGACUCUCCCCAUCCAACCUGACAGAGCUUGAGAAGAUCUGCAGAGAAGAAUGGGAGAAACAGGUGUGCCAAGCUUGUAGCGUCAUACCCAAGAAGACUUGAGGCUGUAAUCGCUGCCAAAGAUGCUUCAACAAAGUACUGAGUAAAGGGUCUGAAUACUUACGUAAAUGUAAUAUUUGAUCAAAUAUUUAAAAACCUGCUUUUGCUUUGUCAUUAUGGGGUAUUGUGUGUAGAUUGAUGAGGGGGGAAAAGUAUUCAAUCCAUUUUAGAAUAAGGCUGUAAUGUAACAAAAUGUGGAAAUUGUCAAGGGGUCUGAAUACUUUCCGAAUGCAUGUAUAUAUACAGUGCCCGCCGUAAUUAUUGGGACAGUAAAGCAUUUUUUAUUCUUGAAAUCAAACAAAGACUAUGAGGUUAAAGUGCAGACUGUCAGCUUUAAUUUGAAAAAGAAUUACAAAGAAUUACAGCACUUUUUGUACAUUUUGUACAUCCCCCAUUUUAGGGGAGCAAAAGUAUUGGGACAAAUUCACUUAUAUGUGUAUUAAAAUAUUCAAAAUUUAAGAAUUUGGUCCCAUACUCAUAGCACGCAAUGACUAUAUGAAGCUUGUGACUCUACACAUUUGUUGGAUGCAUUUUCUGUUUGUUUUGGUUGUGUUUCAGAGGAUUUUGUUCCCAAUAUAAAUGAAUGUUAAAUAGUGUAUUGUGUCCUUUUAUGUAUUGAGUCCCUUUUAUUGGAAAUAAGAAUAGAAUAUGUAUCUAAACAUUUCUACAUGAAUGUGGAUGCUACCAUAAACUGACUUUCUCACUCAUCACUAUUCCCGAAUGUGUAGAGUCACAAGCUAGAUGUAGUGCUAUGAAUAUGGGACCAAAUACUUAACUUUUGACUACUUUAAUACACAUGUAAGUGAAUUUGUCCCAAUACUUUUGUUACCCUAAAAUGGGUGGACUAUGUACAAGAAGUGCUGUCAUUUCUAAAUGGUUAACCCGAUAUGGAUGAAAAUACCCUCUAAUUAAAGCUCAGUCUGCACUUUAACCUCAUAGUCAUUGUUUGAUUUUUGAGUAUAGAGCCAAAAGAAGAAAAAAUGCUUCACUGUUCCAAUAAUUACGGAGUGCACUGUAUAUACUGUAUAGCUCUCCUCAGUGUGUCAGAGAGAUCUAACCAGAUAUCAACUAACCAAAUCAGUUCAACUAGAUUUAAAGGGAUGGUUUGAUCACAAACUAAAUGGUUACAGGGAUUGUUAUCAUUUAAAAGGAUAGCUGCAUCAUUCUGUAGCCUACAGUUCCAUGACACUGCGAACCUCUGAGCCAACAACAUAGAUAUACGCUCCUCUCCCUCAGAGUCAUUGUAUAUUACUAUACCCAUUGCAACACUGUACAGUCUAGCCACUCUAUUUCUAUGCUCUACCUAGCCCUGCUCUAGGCAGAACGCUUCCUCUUUGCUCAACAGAACCUGGGACUGUCAUGACAGAUCUAAUCUGAUUUGCCACCCUAUUCUACUUUUGACCAGAGCCAUCUGGUGCACUAGGGAAUAGGGUGACUAGGACAUAUCUCCUGCAGCAGCAUGCCUCUGAGGUCAAACCUCCUGAUCAUCUGAUCUUUGAUUACUUCUCCACUAUGUUUAUGUUGGUGUUCCUGUAUGUCACGUGAUUAAAAACAAAACACAUUACA